AUGAAUCUGAUCGAACUUUUCCACCUGGACCGGCUCACCUGGUCCUCGGCCAUCGACAUUCUCAUCGUCAGCAUUCUGAUCUACCACGUCCUGUUGCUGAUCCGCGGGACGCGCGCGGUUCAAAUGGCGCUCGGAGUGGGAUUUCUGGUGCUCUUCUAUUACGUGACCCUCUGGUUCAACCUGGAGACCGUUCAAUGGAUCAUGACCACCAUUCUUCCUUAUUUCGUGGUCGGGAUCAUUGUGUUGUUCGCGGCUGAGAUUCGCCGGGCUCUGGCCAACAUCGGCAAAAACCCGCUGCUGAGAAAAUUCUCCCCAAAUCCGGUCAUGGGGGCCUACGAUGAGAUCGUGCUGGCGGCUACCGCCCUUUCCACCCAACGCGUCGGGGCACUGAUCGUCAUCGAGCGCGAGAUGGGACUCAAGAACUAUAUGGAGAGCGGCGUGGCCGUCGAUGCCGCGCUCUCCUACGAUCUGCUGGUGAGCAUCUUCUCGCCGGGGGCUCCCCUCCACGACGGAGCCGUUAUCGUGCAAAAGGAUCGGAUCACGGCGGCUGCCUGCUUUUUGCCCCUCACCCUCAACCCCAGUCUGAGCAAGAAGUUGGGGACCCGACAUCGGGCAGCCAUCGGCGUCACUGAAGAGUCGGACGCCGUGGUGGUGGUGGUCUCUGAAGAGACUGGAAUCAUCUCCACCGUAGUGGGCGGCGACAUUCAAAGAAACCUGGACGGGCCGUCGCUGCGCCAGCAUUUGGCCAGCAUCUUUGCGGUUGCCGACUCGGCGCCGGCGGCGCCCGCAUCCCAACUCUCCCCGGUCGCGGAAGGCAAAUGA